AUGACAUCCCAAUUUAUUGGUCUUCAGGUUCUCUUGAGUCUCAACGACCCUGCUCGUACUCGAGUCCGUGGACUCGUUGCCGACGUCAAUGGACCUGAACUGACACUUCGCGACGUGCUUUUUGUGGAUACUGGCUAUAGGACUCCUGGCUAUACAGUUAACGGCUUAGAUAUCGAGGACAUUGAUAUCAUCCCCUCCGAGACCAAUGGCUCUACCCCUCCUAUCCCUCCCCAACCGCCUCACCCACCUCACUUCCAGGCCCCUCCUGCUCUAUCCACUAUCCAACCUCCACCACCUCCGGCACAGGUUCAAGCGUACUCCCAACCCCUCUCCCAACUAUCAAGCAAUCAGUUUUCCCGACCAGCGACAGCCGUGCAUUCUCCACAGAUACCAGCUACCUCGGGUCAGUUUAUUGAUCCGGCCAUUAUAUCAAUAUCGCAGAAGCCAGAGGCCAACACUAUACCAACCGCUCAGGCCUCUGUGCCAAAUGUUAAACACAAGCCGAAGAAACCGAGUUACUCUACCCCACCAAGAAUGGGGACUGCUGGCUCGUCCAUUCUCUCAGCUGCCGCCGCUAUAAGACCCCCGAACCCACCACCAUUAAAGCGCAACGGCUCGUCGCAAGGGGUCCCCGUAGCUCCUAUCAACACCCUUACGGCCCCAACAAGCUCGGCGCCUUAUCCUCUUUCAGCUAGCGCUGCUCCAGAUCCCUCAAGACCCAUUGGACUCGGCCAUUCCCUACCAGUACGGGGUCCUGUUUCGGCAUCUGUGCUCCAAAUGCCUUUUGGUGAUCUCUCCCUUCGAGAGGACGUCGCUGCUGAAUCAAGUGCUUUCGAUGAAACCGACGAUGCUGCUAGCAAUGUAGCGAUGCCACCCACUCCUUAUACUCGGCCGCCUUUUCCUAGAAGACGCUCUCGUCGUAGAAAAGCUCAAACAAGGAACAAUCAGCAACGCCCACUCCUCGAAUCAACUACCCAGGAGGACCUCACCCAGAAGGACACCGUGUCACAUGGGAUUUUGGGGGGUCCAAUACCCCAAGCAACUAGUUCUGGCGGUACUGGUUUGCUUCAGCCAGGUGCUAUAAAUUCUGACAAGAGAAGGCGGCAAAGACGGAGAGAUCGGCGGAAUGAUGGCAAUUCAAAUGCAGAAGAGGAAGGUUGGGCCACAGAAGAUGUCAAUGACUACAAAGCUAGGGAAUUUGAUUUUCAGGGGAACUUGGACCGAUUUGAUAAAGAGGGUUUAUUCAACCAGAUGAAGGCUGAAGACACGACAGCGGACGAGGCACGUCUGGUAUCCUUCAACAGGCUUCCACAACGCGGCUCCAAUAGCAAGGCAUCAGGUGUCCCUCGAAAGAAUUACCAUCACCACGAGAAUGUCCUUGGCACCUACGCAAACGGGCAGCCGUUGAAUGAUCGGGAUGGCUGGCCGAACGAAUUUAUCACAGAAGAGUCAUCUGAGGACUCCGAGGAUGAGCUCGGCCGAGGUCGUGGAGAUGGCGCGGCUGCAGAUAGUGGAAGAAGUAGCAGAAGGGGCAUGUCUCGUCGAUCACAGAGUGGUCGUCGCCGAGGCGCAAGACAAAUGAGCACAAGUAAUCCAUCGAUGAGAUCCCUAGAGAAUAUUCAUCAUCAGCCAUCAAAUGGUGGAGGCCUUGGACAAACUCCAACUAACAAGCCCGGAAAACCAACGUUACGGCUAGCGCCCAGUGGCAAACUUUGCCCCAUCGUCAGCCCACUGCAAAUGUUAGAUGUGGAGAGAAUUGCGGAGGUCGAGCUUUGCCUCACAGACGAUAUGAUGACAGAAAAUGCUGGUCGGGCUAUUGCGCAGGUAGUCAUUCAGGCCUUUGGAAAACGGAUAUCUGCAUCAAACCAUAAUGCCCUCCCGGUAGUCCUUGUCUUUGCCGGAAAUCAUAAAAGCGGGGCACGUGCGAUAGCUGCGGGAAGGCACUUGAAGAAUCAUCAUGUUCGGGUGAUGGCUUGUGUUCUAGGUUUGGAACGUGAAGAUGGGUUGCUAGAGCAUGUCAGGAGGCAGCUCAAUGUUUUCAGAAACGCUGGCGGCAGGGUAGCACGGUGGGAAGAGCUUGCGAACAAUUUGAAAACCCUCGAUUCACCGCCGGAGCUGAUAGUUGAUGGCUUGCUGGGCAUUCAUCUUAACUUUGAAGAUCUACGAACAGAUCAGCAGGCUACUGCAUUUGAGUUGGUGCAGUUUGCAAAUAAGAGCAAAGCAAGCGUAUUAGCAGUUGAUAUACCCAGUGGUGUGGACGGGAGCACCGGCGAAGUUGCACAGCUUGAAGGUACAGGUCGCCUACAUAUGAGAGCAAAAUGGGUGGUCUGUAUGGGCGCACCAAAAUCUGGUCUGCUCAAUGCGCUCGUUUCUGGUGUAGGUGCUAGCUGGAACCUUUAUGUUGCUGAUAUCGGCAUUUCCAAUACUGCCUGGAGGAAGUAUGGAACUCGUCGGCGACACGGCGUCGAAUUCGCUGCCGAAUGGGUCGUCGAAUUGGAGUAUCACGGCGCACCUUCCGCUUAG